UUGAGUGCCAAAUCUCCCGCCAAAACCAGAGAGCCAAAUUACCGAAGGCUUCGAGGGGAGAAAGGAAACCUCGCAAGGCCAGGCUCAGAUACUGAUCAACAGAGCAAAAGCAUGAGCGUGAGCAUGGGUAUGGACUACGCCUCCAUAGACUCGAGCGGCUACUGGGACGUCUUGACCUCCUACUUCCCCCAGCAGUUAUUCCCGGCCGUCGAAGAAAGUUGGCUCAAGCUCAUUUCUGAGCUCUUUUGCUUCUUUUCUACUCCACCAGGCCAAGAUCUCGCUUCUCAGGUUAAAGAUGAUGAUGGUGUCUUCGUUUUGUCAAUGGACUUUCAACAAUUUCAAAAAAUAUGUGGGAUUGAGGAAUUUUACUUAAUGUUGGAGGAUAAACCUAAAAUAGCUCUCUUGUGUAUGAGUGCUGCAAUUCACAAGGUUCUGUUGACCAAAUGGGAGAAGAAGAAUGUGGAGAAUGGUGUGAAAGUUAAAAUACAUCUCCACAACUACCCUGAAAUUAUGAUUGCUCUAAAGAACUUAAAAGCGGCUUAUAUUGACAAGCUUGUAUCUGUUCGUGGUACUGUUGUAAAGGCUAGCACUGUCAGACCUCUAGUGGUGCAAAUGAGUUUUGACUGUGCAAAGUGUAAAACAGAAAUUAUGCGUAUUUUUCCUGAUGGAAAAUUUUCACCACCACCGAGUUGUGAUUUAAAUGGGUGCAAGAGUAAGAAUUUCAAUCCAAUUCGGUCUACUGCUCAAACAAUAGAUUUUCAGAAAAUAAGGCUGCAGGAACUUUUAAAGUCUGAAGAUCAUGAAGAAGGCCGGGUGCCUCGAACAGUAGAAUGUGAACUGACUCAAGAUCUUGUUGAUGCCUGCAUACCUGGUGAUGUGGUGACUGUCACUGGAAUUAUCAGAGUAAUCAACAAUUACAUGGAUAUUGGAGGAGGAAAAUCAAAAAGUAAAAAUCAAGGGUUUUACUAUUUGUAUCUAGAAGCUGUUUCAAUAAAAAACUCCAAAUCUCAGUCCACAGCUGAGGAUUUGCAAGAGUCAAAUUCUAAAGCUAGAGCUACGGAGCUGCUCGAUUUAUUCUCAUUUUCUCCACGGGACUUGGAAUUCAUUGUGAAGUUCUUGGAGGAACAUGGUUCAGAUAUAUUCAAGCAAAUACUUCAAUCCAUAUGUCCAUCCAUUUAUGGGCAUGAGCUUGUUAAAGCGGGAAUAACACUAGCACUGUUUGGAGGUGUAAGGAAGCAUUCAAAGGAUAGGAACAAGGUUCCUGUCAGAGGAGACAUUCAUGUCAUAGUUGUUGGAGAUCCUGGCCUAGGCAAGAGCCAACUACUGCAAGCAGCAGCUGCAGUAUCUCCUCGUGGAAUUUAUGUGUGUGGUAAUGCCACUACUAAAGCUGGUCUCACUGUGGCUGUUGUGAAGGAUCCCAUGACAAGCGAUUAUGCUUUCGAGGCUGGUGCCAUGGUACUUGCAGACAGUGGAUUGUGCUGUAUUGAUGAGUUCGACAAAAUGUCUGCAGAACAUCAGGCACUUCUGGAAGCCAUGGAACAACAGUGUGUCUCUAUUGCAAAGGCUGGACUUGUAGCAAGUUUAUCAGCACGAACUUCUAUCUUAGCAGCAGCAAAUCCUGUUGGUGGUCAUUACAACCGUGCAAAAACUGUUAAUGAAAAUUUGAAGAUGAGUGCCGCUCUGCUUUCACGAUUUGAUUUGGUCUUCAUAUUACUUGAUAAACCCGAUGAACUUCUGGAUAAGCGAGUCUCAGAGCACAUAAUGUCACUUCAUUCUGGAUAUGGAGAACAUUCACCAGCAACAAAAAAGCGUAAAGAUGCAGCAUCCCAAAGCGCUGGAGGCAUAGAUAUACAUGUAAAUGGUGGUUCUUUAGUGUCUAGGUUGAGACUUGAUCCGAAGAAGGAUAGUGAUUUUUUUCCAGUACCUGCACAACUUCUUCGCAAAUAUAUUACUUAUGCACGAACAUAUGUUUUUCCUAGAAUGUCAAAGCCUGCAGCGGAAAUCCUGCAGAAGUUUUACUUACAACUCAGAGGCCAUGGUGCAUCAGCUGAUGGUACACCAAUAACUGCAAGGCAACUGGAAAGUCUGGUGAGGCUAGCAGAGGCUCGAGCUCGGCUAGAGUUAAGAGAAGAAAUAACGGCCCAAGAUGCACUGGACGUGGUUGAAAUAAUGAAAGAAUCCUUGUAUGAUAAGUAUGUUGAUGAGCAUGGCAUUGUGGAUUUUGGUCGGAGUGGGGGGAUGAGUCAACAGAAAGAAGCAAAACGGUUUUUAAGUGCUCUCAAUAAGCAAUCAGAACUGGACCAGAAAGAUUGUUUUUCUAUUUCUGAAAUUUACGGUUUGGCGGAUAGGAUUGGCCUGAGAGUUCCUGAUAUCGACACAUUUGUGGAUAAUUUAAACAGUGUUGGCUAUCUACUCAAGAAGGGGCCAAAGAUGUAUCAGGUGCUGUCCUCAUCUUAUUCACGCAGCCAAUAAUCAAGGUUGAGGAGCUAAACUGCAGCAGCUCUAAAUUUAAAAAUCCAUUUAGGGGCCUCCUGGUCGAUGUUAUGAGGUCGGAUAAAGUCCCUGAUACCAUUCAUCCCAGAUAAAAGAUGUAGAGAGAGUUAGGCGAAAACAGUGCAGUUGACUGAUCAUACUUUGGUGUGAGCUUGGUCAAUCUUCAAUCAACUUUAUUCCUUGUUCUUAUGAACUUAAGAACAGCAAAAGAUGAGAACUAUAGAAGAUUUAUGAGAAUUAAAAAGCAACAGUGAAGAAGAGCAACAAAACCUUAAUGUUGAUCGAUAGCGAAUUAGAAAUUUUGUUGAAUAAACUCGGUGCAGAAUCCUUUUAUGUGGAGA